AUCAUUACGCGCUCCGCCUUCCUGGACUCCAGCUCUAUCAAUCCCAAAAUAAUUCCCAUAGUCGGCGGUUCUCCAGUAUAUCCCUAAACUUCCGCGACACCUACACACCCCUUCACCAUGGCGGAUUCGGGAGCUUCACAACCAAAGCCGAGCAGCAGCGUCAAGCUUGUUCUUUUAGGAGAGGCCGCAGUCGGAAAGUCUUCUCUUGUUAUGCGCUUUGUGAACAACGAUUUCCAAGAGAACAAGGAGCCUACGAUAGGCGCCGCCUUUUUGACCCAGAAAUGCAACCUCCCAUCCCGCACCAUCAAGUUUGAGAUCUGGGAUACCGCCGGCCAAGAGCGUUUCGCAUCUCUCGCACCAAUGUACUACCGCAACGCCCAAGCCGCACUGGUCGUAUACGAUAUAACCAAGCCCUCUUCUCUCACAAAAGCACAACACUGGGUCGCCGAGCUUCACCGCCAAGCAUCGCCCGGCAUUGUCAUCGCGCUUGUUGGAAACAAGUACGAUUUGGCCACGGAAAACGACAGCGCCGAUGUAAAUGAUGCGGAUGCAGUUCCCGCAGCGGAGGGCGAGAACCCCGAGGAAGAGGAGGAGAGCACUGAUGCGAGACGUGUGCCUACGAAGACGGCGAAGGGCUAUGCGGAUGAGGAGGGCUUGCUGUUCUUUGAAACCAGUGCGAAGACGGGACAGAACGUUGCAGAGGUUUUCACAGCUAUCGCGAAUGCCAUUCCAGAGACGAGCCUGAAAGGACCGAGGGGAGUUGGAGGCCAGACAAAUCUUGGCAGGCAAGAGGAUGCACGAGUGAAUCUAGGAAGCGCGAGGCCAGAAGGCGCAAAGGAAGGAUGUGCGUGCUGAUCCGUUUGGAAAGUCGAGUGGAAGGUAUACGGGUUGGAAGUGUGAGACAUAAGAGCGGAGAGGAAGAGGAUAGACACAGAUGGAGUGGGGUUGGUAUUUAUUUGCUUCAUGAAAGCGAGGUUUUCUUAUUUUGCGACUCCUUUGUUCCAAGAGACACCCCAACACGUGGUAACGAGUAUUUAUAUCGUGAGAGCACAUUGUGUGCAUUCUUGUUGAAACAUUCCCUUUAUUGAUAUUGUGACGAAGGUUCCGGGUGUAAUCAUAUGCUUUGGGAUUAUCUAUUGCCGAUGCUUCCUAUAAGUCUUAUCAUUCGAUCGUGGAUGUGGAGGAAGACUAGUUGUCCUUAUAUAACAAAUCAACGAAUCGGACACUGUCA